AUGAGCGAGGAUCAUCUGGCCGCCAGUAGCUUUGGAGAUCCAAACGCUCAGCCGCCCACACCGAAGCAAACGCCGCCAUCUGCCGUAUUUUCUAGUCCGAUUUUUGAAACGCCAAAACGUCACCGGAGCUCCUUCACCGAAACCACUGGGUUAACUCCUCGGUUUGCUGAAGAAUAUUCCGUCUUCAACGCAACCCCGGGCAACCUGCGAGGAACUCAAGGCCCCUUUCCGGACUUUUUCCCCAUCACAUCCGUAAGCUCUUCGGCGGGACAUAAGCGAUUGCUGUCUGCUGAGGCGUUUGCCGUCGAAAUCGCAGCGCAUGUGAACCUCCUGUCGCCGAAUCCAAACGUCGCCCUGCCGCCAGUUGCUCCCGCCCACCGAUUACCGUCCUCUCCGAACCCGUCCGUGGCAGAAAAAGCUUCUUCGACCGCAGGCUUUAAGCCUCAGCCAAACCCCAACCUGUCCAAGACCCCUACUUCGUCCAAGAAAACUCAACGAGGUACUAUUGCCAAAGAACCAACUCAGGUCAUAUCGCCGCCACCCACGGCACGGAAAGGAGAGCGUCGGCUCGAUCCGAAGCUCAACAUGCAAAAUGACCAAAACUUCAGUCGCCCGGACUUCCAUGAUCUGUCGCCGCAGGAAAUGGCGGCAUUACUAGGUAGUGCCAACGACAUGUUCGGUUACCCGAUGUCUACGCCAGCCACAACGCAUUCCAACUUUUGGGACCCAACCGUGAUGAAUAUGGACUUGGACUUAGCCACAACAGGAGUCAAUAUGUUCCAACCGCCUACACCCUCCUCUCAUCGCCAUGCGGGCUCGUUUGAUUGGAAUAGCGAGGUUCAACUUUUCCAGGAUCCCGACUUGCCGCCAUGUUCAAAUCAAGAAAAUGUCCAGCCUGUCAGGGGAGAGAGUUCGCUGGCUCCCAAGCCAGCGGCAUCCGACAUUGUGUGCACUAGUGCCCAAGAUCCAUCCUUGUGUGUGUCGUUUUCGCCUAUGAUGGACGAAGCGUUUACCAUGAUUAAUACCGGAGAUGCCGUUGACCCUGGUCUUCUGUUCACUCGCCCGCAAAGUGCAUCCAUAGACGCCGGCUUGAGCACUACGGAACAACCCAGAAUAGCGGAGACAGCGAUUCAAUCAGGGAAGACACAGGUUGGCAACGGACGCAGACCCGCUAUCGUGAAGGACAAAACGAAUGCUACCAAGGGUCCUGACCGGCAAACUGCAAGCUCUCCUGCAAAAGCAUUGGGCAGACCUGGGCCUGGGCGGAGUGUUAGCGAAAACCGAGGGAGAAAAGCAGCUCGAAGAGGUUCACUUCCAAUGCUGGCUCCCGCGGCAAGGCCAGCCCCCGACCUCGGGUUCAGAGGUAGCAAGUCAACUGGUCGUCUGCCAGGGAGAAUAUCGCCAUUCAGGACACAGCAGAGGUUGUCGAGCCUUGCAUCCAUCCCAGAGAUGUGCCCACAAGCGCGACAUCUCACCUCUGUCCGGUUGUCGGUCAAUAAACACGGGCGAGCGACCAUCCAGACCAUGCUAGGCCGCGGGAGCACGUCAAUGACCAAAAGCCAAAGUUCUCAGGAUUUGUCAACACAUCGAAGCUGGUCAUCAACUGAAGAUGACUCCGACACAGACGACGAGCCUAUCAUCAUUCCCAGUCGCAAUAACUCCUUCAAUGCGUCAUUUGCCCUGCCUGAUCCCCGCAAGCCGGUAGGUUCACUAUUCUCGUCGGGGCGAAGCGUCGGCGACAGAAGCAACAGCAACUCAGCCAACGAGGGGGAGAGCGAAGCAGAAACGGUCGUCAAUGAGAGAGCCGGCAAGUACGGGGACGCGGCUAGCGAAUUGCGAAAGGUUGUUGAGGAUCGACAAAACCGCUCCCUCCGGCUGGCGGGCGCAACAUCAUUGCGACGCUCGUUGAAUACCAGUAUUCAGAACUUCCCCGGAGGAAUCAUUUCGCCCACGAGUCUGACCGAAUCAAGCUACGGACCGGAUAGCUACAACGUCCGAUGCGUAUGCAAUAAUAGCAAGGCAGACGAGAGCAACGGCUUCUUGGUUGAAUGGUAA